GCUAGCUCCUCUGCAUUUUCACCUCAGGUUGAAAGCGAAGCCUAGAGUUCACAGAGAAGAAUGGAUGGAAGUAGUACUUCUAGUGUGGAAGGCAUUGAUAUCGAUUGGGACACAGAAGAUGAGCUUGAAUUGGACAACUUUACGCUGUCUCCUUCCAAGUUUGAACUUACAGGCGGCGAAGCGAAUAUGGUAUGUGGGGAGGGGAGCUCAUCUCCAAGUUCUUCCAACUCCAAGGUUCUUGAUCAGUUCAUGGGGAUGGGAUUUUCUAAGAAGAUGGUUGAAAAAGCAAUUGACGAACAUGGAGAAGAAAAUACAGAUGCAAUUCUGGAAAUGCUCCUCACAUAUUCAGUUUUGGAAAGUUCUUCACAAGAACUGCAGCAAACUGAUUCAGAUUACUUCUCAAGAAGCUUUCUUGAUGACUUUUCAGAUUUGGACAUCUCUAGUGAUGAGGUAGAAAACACAAGUCCUACAUCCGAGGAGGUGAAGCUGCUCAUGUCCUUAAUCAAAAUGGGGUACACAGAAGAGGAAGCUUCCAUAGCUAUUGAAAGAUGUGGUUUGAGCUCGUCACUUCUGGAAUUGACUGAUUUUUUAUCUGCUGCUCAAUUGGCAAAGGCAGAAGAUGCCCUUCUUCCUCUUGAACAAAAGCCCGGACUGAAGCGUCUACACAAUGAUGAUCAUAAGAAGAAAAGGAAACUUUUGAUUGAUGAAGUGUCGAAAAGGAAAAGGCAGAAUAGGUUCAUAGGGGAAGAUAAUGAGACUGUUCGUCUCCCAAAGCCAAUGAUUGGGUUUGGUAUUCCAAGUGGACCGUACCAAUCUUACAGAAAUCUUCCAAAGGUAGCCAUUGGACCUCCCUAUUUUUAUUACGAGAAUGUAGCCCUUACUCCCAAAGGGGCUUGGGACACUAUAUCCAGAUUUCUAUAUGAUGUCCCACCUGAAUUUGUUGACUCUAAGCACUUCUGUGCUGCUGCCAGAAAAAGAGGUUAUGUGCACAAUCUUCCAAUAGAGAAUAGAUUUCCUCUUGUUCCGCUACCCCCACAAACCAUACAUGAAGCAUUUCCAUUGUCAAGAAAGUGGUGGCCUUCAUGGGAUACACGGACAAAGCUAAACUGCUUAGUAACAUGCCAUUCAAGUGCAAAGUUAACAGAGAGGAUCAUGAAGGCUCUUGAGGGCUACGAUGACAUUCCACCGGAAGAAGUUCAGCGGGGUGUAAUGCAUGAAUGUCGGAAGUGGAAUUUAGUGUGGGUUGGAAAAAAUAGGGUUGCCCCACUUGAGCCUGAUGAAUUUGAAAUGCUUUUGGGUUUUCCAAAGAACCACACCAGGGGUAUAAGCAGGACUGAUAGAUAUAAAUCUCUCGGGAAUGCAUUUCAGAUUGACACCGUGUCAUACCACUUGUCUGUUUUGCGAGACAUGUUUCCGAAUGGCAUCAACGUCCUUUCUCUUUUCUCUGGGAUAGGUGGGGCAGAAAUAGCCCUUCAUCGGCUUGGUAUCCAUAUGAAGAAUGUUGUGUCUCUAGAGAUUUCAGAAGUGAACAGAAAUGUUUUGAGGUGUUGGUGGGAGCAGACAAAGCAAACCGGGAAUUUAAUUCACCUUCCUGAUGUGCAAGAGCUGAAUGCUGCCCACUUGGAACAGUUUAUAAGUGCAUUCGGCGGAUUUGAUUUUAUAAUUGGUGGCAGUCCCUGUAACAAUCUUACAGGUAGCAAUCGAUAUCAUCGAGAUGGACUCGAGGGGAAAGAAUCUUCACUUUUCUAUCAUUACUUCCGAAUACUGGACUUGGUCAAGUCUAUUAUGGCAGCUGAUAAGCCAAUUAGGUAUGAGUGCAAGUUAGUGACUAUUUUUUUAAAUCAGAUAUGGGUUUUCGCCAGCCGCCUCAUAACAAUUUUUUGACCUACCCAGAGACUCAGUACAGCA